GGAGCUGGUCCCAGGUCGCGGUGGAGCGGACGAAGCCUUCAGGUAGUGUUCUCGGGAUUGACCUGAUCCCGGCACAACCACCACGAGGUGUGUCUACUAUCCAGGGCGACUUUCUCUCGCCAGCAGUACAAGGUAUGGUCAAGGAUUUUCUGGUCCGGGCACAACGACGCCGCCGCCCCGACAAGAAACCGACAGUAAGCGCUGCGCAACCCGGCGACCAGUCUCACGGCGAAGUUGAGUCUCUCGGCGAUGAGCCAGCCCUCAACACCGUUGUCGAAGACAAACCGAGCUACAUCGACCUGGAACGGGCGGAGACGGCAGACCCGACAACAGCCGAGGAGGCGAGCAAGAGCUUGAAGUUGGUAAACGUUGUGUUGAGUGACAUGAUGAUGAACACAAGCGGCGUCACCUUCAAAGACCACGUCGGCAGCAUGGACCUCUGCUACGCAGCGCUCCAGUUUGCCAGCGAUACCCUCAAGCCUGGCGGUCACUUUGUGUGCAAAUUCUACCAGGGCGCAGAGGACAAAGAGCUGGAGAAACAGCUGCGGAAGCUCUUCGCCAAGGUAUUCAGGGACAAGCCCGAGUCAUCGCGGAAAGACUCGAAAGAGGGCUACUUUGUUGGUCUGAACAGGAAGGCAACAGUGCACCUGGGAGAUUCGAGCGACGAACCGAGCACAUAGGUGUACCAGGAGCAGGGAAAAUAGAGUGUAAAUUCCACAAGACUUUGCAGAUAAAACGCCAUCUACAUAUGGCCUUGGUUCGC